AAGCCAAAUCUAAGCCACGACCAUGUAAAGCGAAUUCCCUCCCAGAUAUUUCCCUUUCCUUUCUCUUCCAACCUUUUCUGGUCGCAUAGUCAUGUCUGAGCGUACGGCCAUAGGUUUAACCAGCCCCAGCGCCGACGAAGAGCAGCCCUUGUUGGCUACACAAAAGCCACCUAGUUAUCGCGACGUUCCCGUAGAGAUCGACGUCGGUAGGAGUGAAAGUCCUGACGAAGAAAAUACCAUUGUCGUGGAUGUCGGGCGUGAUGUGGAACAGGAGCGGAAGAGGCAUUUCCGGAUUGUCGCGUUUUGGGUCGUGACCGGCGCAUUGGCGCUCGUUCUCGUAGGUGUCAUGGUCAAGGGAAUCUUGGACUCGGACGAUGUCGAAUUUGACCUUGGAAAGGCGCUGAAGAGUGCACUUGGAGGAGGACUUAGUGGUGCUGCAGCCAUGGUGCUUCAGGUUUUGACACUCAUGCCUCUACGGACAGUUAUGAACUAUCAAUACCGAUUCGGUGCCACCACCACUGGGGCCAUCAAGACAUUGUACCAUGAUGGAGGCUGGACACGAUACUACCAAGGUCUUAUCGCCGCCCUAGUACAAGGCCCCGUAUCACGGUUUGGCGACACUGCCGCUAACGCUGGCAUUCUUGCUCUACUCCAGUCCAAUACUUACAUGAACAAGCUGCCAUCGCUCCUCAAGACCGUUUUCGCCUCAGUCGCAGCUGCUUGCUUUAGGAUGAUAUUGACUCCCGUGGACACCGUCAAGACGACGAUGCAAACCCAAGGCAAGGCCGGAAUGGUUAUCCUUCGAGCUCGUGUUAAAAAAUACGGCAUUGGUUCACUGUGGUAUGGUGCAUUAGCUACUGCUGCUGCCACUUUCGUUGGCCACUAUCCGUGGUUUGGGACCUACAACUAUCUUGAUGCGAACCUCCCAUCUCCCGACAACAUCUUCCAAAAACUCGCACGUCAAGCAUUCAUCGGGUUUUGCGCCUCUGCUAUAUCUGAUACAGUCUCUAAUUCUCUACGCGUCAUUAAGACGUAUCGCCAAGUCAACGAGACGCGUAUUGGUUACGCAGACGCUGCCCGUGCGGUUGUUGCUGUGGACGGUAUAAAGGGGCUUUUUGGCCGCGGACUGAAGACCAGAAUCCUCGCCAACGGUUUACAAGGCUUAAUGUUUUCCAUUCUCUGGAAAUUGUUUUUGGAUCUGUGGAACGAGAAAACAAAAUAGGAGUCUUGUUCUCUCAGGAUGCUGUAUCAUAGUUACUUCUCCAGCUUGUGAUUCACUGGUCAAUAUAUGGGUUUGUUUCAUGGGAAACGACAUAAUACGAGCGAAUGGGACGAGAUGGGACGCGAGAG